CGUUACUCCUUCUCCUCCAGAGAGGGCGGAGGAGGUGGCAGGAGAGAGGCCGUGAUUUUAUGCCAAGGCUUCCAAGGGACGUGCUGAAAAGGCUGGAGGGGCUGAGGAAGCUGGGGGGUUAGGGACACUCAUUAAGCCCCUACCCCCCGGGAAGGGAAGGGGGCUGGAAGCGAGGCUAGAGGGCGGCGGAGGGAUGGUGUCUGCUCGGGGGGAAGGGGCGAGCCCUGACUGUCGGUAGUGAGGGGCUGCGGGCAGAGGAGGCAACGGGGUCGAAGCGGCCCCCUGUCCACUGGCGGGUGGAACGCGAAGAGCCGAACGCAGAGGUCGAGCCUGGCGGCCCCUCGGAACCCUUAAGGUGGAAUGUAUCGUGGGAUCUCAUUUAGCCCACGUUGGGAUUAAUUCAUUGGGGGCAGUCUCGCUGGUCUGGCUCUUCCAGGAGCUGGGCAACCUUGACGGGCUUUUUGUCUUGUGCUCCAGCCCCUUUUCCCUUCCUCCUCCUCCAGAUGCCUUUUCUCUGCCCCUCCUCGCCCGGUACAGACAUUUCUAGCACAGGCUGCCGCUCCUGGCGGCUGUCGAAGCCACUUCUCGGGAUUUUGCCUCGUUUCCCUCUGGGGUGUUUUUUGAGGAGGGAGAGUUUUCCCCCCGCCACGAUGGGAUUUUCCUCCCUUGCCGAAAUGGACUUUCAUUGAUUUCUACUUCUACGUUUAAUGACCAAUUCCCUAGGCGUAUUUUUGUGGUAGUUCCUUUUUUUCGAAUACAUAAUCUGUAAAAUGGAGAACGAAAUUUUUACUCCCCUUAUGGAGCAGUUCAUGACCAGCCCAUUGGUUACUUGGGUUAAAACGUUUGGCCCUCUGGCUGCAGGAAAUGGGACCAACCUGGAUGAAUAUGUGGCUUUGGUCGAUGGGGUAUUCUUGAACCAGGUCAUGCUCCAAAUUAAUCCUAAAUCGGAGAGUCAGAGAGUAAAUAAAAAAGUCAACAAUGAUGCCUCACUUCGAAUUCAUAAUCUUUCCAUUUUGGUGAGACAGAUAAAAUUAUAUUACCAGGACACUUUACAGCAAUUGAUCAUGAUGUCAUUGCCAAAUGUCUUAAUCAUUGGCAAAAAUCCCUUUUCUGAACAAGGCACAGAAGAAGUUAAAAAGCUGCUUUUACUUUUACUCGGUUGUGCAGUUCAGUGUCAGAGAAAAGAAGAAUUUAUUGAAAGAAUUCAAGGUUUAAAUUUUGAUACAAAAGCAGCAGUUGCCGCUCAUAUUCAAGAGGUAACCCAUAACCAGGAAAAUGUGUUUGAUCUGCAAUGGAUGGAAGUGACUGAUAUGUCUCAGGAGGACAUAGAACCACUCUUAAAAAAUAUGGCAUCACAUCUAAAAAGACUUAUAGAUGAAAGAGAUGAGCAUUCAGAGACUAUCAUAGAGCUCUCUGAAGAACGGGAUGGUCUUCAUUUUCUACCCCAUGCCUCUUCAUCUGCACAAUCACCCUGUGGUUCUCCAGGCAUGAAGCGAACAGAAAGUCGACAGCAUCUGUCAGUAGAACUAGCAGAUGCUAAAGCCAAGAUUAGAAGGCUUAGACAAGAACUGGAGGAAAAGACUGAACAGUUGUUGGACUGUAAACAAGAACUUGAGCAAAUGGAAAUAGAACUAAAAAGAUUGCAACAAGAGAACAUGAAUUUGCUUUCGGAUGCUCGUUCUGCCAGAAUGUACCGAGAUGAAUUAGAUGCACUUCGAGAGAAGGCAAUCAGAGUUGAUAAGCUUGAAAGUGAAGUCAGCAGAUAUAAAGAGAGGCUACAUGAUAUUGAAUUUUAUAAGGCAAGAGUUGAGGAAUUAAAAGAAGACAACCAAGUUUUAUUAGAAACAAAAACCAUGUUGGAAGACCAACUAGAAGGAACUCGAGCUCGUUCUGAUAAAUUACAUGAAUUAGAAAAAGAGAAUUUACAACUAAAGGCUAAACUGCAUGAUAUGGAAAUGGAACGAGAUAUGGAUAGAAAAAAGAUUGAAGAAUUAAUGGAAGAAAAUAUGACUUUGGAAAUGGCACAGAAACAAAGUAUGGAUGAAUCAUUACAUCUUGGCUGGGAGCUGGAACAGAUAUCCAGAACUAGUGAACUUUCUGAAGCCCCACAGAAAUCCUUGGGCCAUGAGGUGAAUGAGUUGACAUCAAGCAGGUUAUUGAAGCUGGAGAUGGAAAACCAGAGUUUAACAAAAACUGUAGAAGAGCUUCGGAGUACUGUGGAUUCUGUAGACGGUAACGCUUCCAAAAUCCUGAAAAUUGAAAAAGAAAAUCAAAGACUAAGUAAAAAGGUUGAAAUUCUUGAAAAUGAGAUAAUUCAAGAAAAGCAGAGUCUUCAGAAUUGUCAGAAUUUAAGCAAGGAUCUAAUGAAGGAGAAAGCUCAGCUUGAAAAAACAAUCGAAACGCUUAGAGAAAAUUCAGAGAGACAGAUUAAAAUAUUGGAACAGGAAAAUGAACAUCUGAAUCAAACAGUGUUUUCCUUAAGGCAGCGCUCCCAGAUAAGUGCUGAAGCAAGGGUGAAAGACAUUGAAAAAGAAAAUAAAAUUCUCCAUGAAUCUAUCAAAGAAACAAGCAGCAAGCUAAGCAAGAUUGAAUUUGAAAAAAGACAAAUUAGAAAAGAAUUGGAACAUUAUAAAGAAAAAGGAGAGCGAGCAGAAGAACUUGAAAAUGAAUUGCAUCGUCUUGAAAAAGAAAAUGAAUUGUUACAGAAAAAGAUAACUAAUUUAAAAAUUACUUGUGAAAAAAUUGAGGCCUUAGAACAAGAAAAUUCAGAACUAGAAAGAGAAAAUAGGAAACUAAAAAAAACAUUGGAUAGCUUUAAAAACCUUACUUUUCAGUUAGAAUCCCUAGAAAAAGAGAAUUCCCAACUUGAUGAGGAAAACCUAGAACUGCGAAGGAAUGUGGAAUCUUUGAAGUGUGCAAGCAUGAAAAUGGCUCAGCUACAACUAGAAAACAAAGAAUUAGAGAGUGAAAAAGAGCAACUUAAAAAGGGUUUGGAGCUCAUGAAAGCAUCUUUCAAGAAAACAGAACGCUUAGAAGUUAGCUACCAGGGUUUAGAUACAGAAAAUCAAAGGCUACAGAAGGCUCUAGAGAACAGCAAUAAAAAAAUCCAGCAAUUAGAGAGUGAACUACAAGACUUAGAGGUGGAAAAUCAAACAUUGCAAAAAAGCCUAGAGGAAUUAAAAAUAUCUAGCAAAAGACUAGAACAGCUGGAAAAAGAAAAUAAAUCAUUAGAGCAAGAGACUUCUCAACUGGAAAAGGAUAAGAAACAAUUGGAAAAGGAAAAUAAGAGACUGAGACAACAAGCAGAAAUAAAAGAUACCACAUUGGAAGAAAAUAAUGUGAAGAUUGGAAAUUUGGAAAAAGAAAACAAAAUCCUAUUCAAAGAAAUUGGUGUAUAUAAAGAAUCUUGUAUUCGUCUGAAAGAAUUAGAGAAAGAAAAUAAGGAGCUUGUGAAAAGAGCAACUAUUGAUGUAAAAACUUUGGUUACAUUACGUGAGGAUUUGGUGAGUGAAAAAUUGAAGACUCAACAAAUGAACAAUGAUCUCGAAAAAUUAACUCAUGAACUAGAGAAGAUAGGAUUAAAUAAAGAGCGACUCUUACAUGAUGAGCAAAGUACUGAUGACAGGUACAAGCUUUUGGAAUCAAAAUUAGAAUCCACUCUUAAGAGGUCCCUUGAAAUAAAAGAGGAAAAAAUUGCUGCUUUAGAAGCUCGAUUAGAAGAAUCCACGAAUUAUAACCAGCAAUUACGCCAAGAACUUAAAACAGUGAAAAAAAAUUAUGAAGCUCUCAAACAGAGACAAGAUGAGGAAAGGAUGGUACAGAGCUCUCCUCCAGUAUCUGGUGAAGAUAAAUGGGAGCGAGAGAGUCAAGAAACGACUAGAGAGCUUCUGAAAGUUAAAGACAGAUUAAUUGAAGUAGAAAGAAAUAAUGCUACGCUGCAAGCAGAGAAGCAAGCAUUAAAAACUCAACUGAAGCAACUUGAGACGCAGAACAAUAAUUUGCAGGCUCAGAUUCUUGCACUUCAGAGGCAGACAGUGUCAUUACAGGAACAGAACACCACUCUUCAAACACAGAAUGCCAAGCUUCAGGUUGAAAAUUCCACCCUUAACUCCCAAAGUACCUCACUUAUGAACCAGAAUGCACAGCUCCUAAUCCAACAGUCUUCUUUAGAAAAUGAAAAUGAAUCUGUAAUCAAAGAGCGAGAAGAGCUGAAAUCGCUUUAUGAUUCUCUGAUCAAAGAUCAUGAAAAGCUGGAACUUCUUCAUGAACGGCAGGCUUCAGAGUAUGAAUCUCUUAUUUGUAAACAUGGAACUCUAAAGUCUGCCCACAAAAAUCUUGAGGUGGAACAUAAAGACCUUGAAGACCGUUACAAUCAGUUACUAAAACAGAAAGGACAAUUGGAAGAUUUGGAAAAAAUGCUCAAAGUAGAACAGGAAAAAAUGAUGCUUGAAAACAAAAACCAUGAGACGGUAGCUACAGAAUACAAGAAACUUUGUGGUGAAAAUGAUAGGUUGAAUCACAUAUAUAGUCAGCUUUUAAAAGAGACUGAAGUUUUACAAACUGACCAUAAAAAUUUGAAAAGUCUUCUAAAUAAUUCCAAACUGGAACAAACAAGAUUAGAGGCGGAAUUUUCAAAGCUAAAGGAACAAUACCAACAGUUAGAUAUCACAUCCACCAAGCUGAAUAACCAGUGUGAGUUGCUAAGCCAACUUAAAGGAAAUUUAGAAGAAGAAAAUCGACAUCUACUAGAUCAAAUUCAGACACUAAUGCUACAGAACAGAACACUAUUGGAGCAGAAUAUGGAAAGCAAGGAUCUUUUUCAUGUUGAACAAAGACAGUACAUUGAUAAGUUAAAUGAAUUAAGACGACAAAAAGAGAAAUUAGAAGAGAAAAUUAUGGAUCAAUACAAAUUUUAUGACCCAUCUCCUCCUAGAAGGAGAGGCAACUGGAUUACUCUAAAAAUGAGAAAAUUGAUAAAGUCUAAGAAAGACAUUAAUCGGGAGCGUCAGAAAUCUCUAACGUUAACACCUACCCGCUCAGACUCCAGUGAAGGAUUUCUACAACUCCCCCAUCAAGAUAGUCAAGAUAGUUCUUCAGUUGGUUCAAACUCUUUAGAAGAUGGCCAAACCUUGGGGACCAAGAAAAGCAGCAUGGUUGCACUGAAAAGACUGCCCUUUUUGAGGAACAGACCGAAGGAUAAAGACAAAAUGAAGGCCUGCUAUCGUCGUUCCAUGUCCAUGAAUGACCUGGUGCAGUCCAUGGUCCUAGCAGGACAAUGGACAGGUAGUACUGAAAAUUUGGAGGUUCCUGAUGAUAUUUCAACGGGUAAAAGGAGAAAAGAAUUGGGAGCUAUGGCCUUCUCUACUACAGCCAUCAACUUUUCAACUGUCAACUCUUCUGCAGGCUUCAGAUCCAAGCAGUUGGUUAAUAAUAAAGAUACUACAUCCUUUGAAGACAUAAGUCCACAAGGUAUUAGUGAUGAUUCUAGUACGGGAUCAAGAGUUCAUGCUUCAAGACCAGCCAGCCUUGAUAGUGGCAGAACAUCCACUAGCAAUAGCAAUAAUAAUGCUUCACUUCAUGAAGUCAAAGCAGGUGCAAUUAAUAACCAAAGCAGGCCACAAAGCCACAGCAGUGGAGAAUUUAGCCUGCUUCAUGAUCAUGAGGCUUGGUCCAGCAGUGGUAGCAGUCCAAUACAGUACUUGAAAAGACAUACCAGAUCAAGUCCAGUGCUCCAGCACAAAAUGCCUGAAACACUAGAGAGUCGAGCACAUCACAGGAUCAAAACUGGUUCCCCUGGAAGUGAAGUUGUUACUCUACAACAAUUUUUGGAAGAAAGCAACAAGUUUACCUCAGUACAGAUAAAGUCCUCAAGCCAAGAGAAUCUUUUAGAUGAAGUAAUGAAAAGUUUGUCUGUCUCUUCUGACUUUUUGGGAAAAGAAAAACCAAUUAGCUGUGGUUUGGCCAGGUCAGUAAGUGGAAAAACCCCAGGGGACUUCUAUGAUAGACGGACAACUAAAUCUGAGUUUGUGAGACCUGGUCCUCGAAAGACUGAAGAUACCUACUUCAUUAGUUCUGGAGGAAAACCUACACCAGGCACUCAAGGAAAGAUAAAAUUAGUAAAAGAAACUUCUCUGUCACGACAAUCAAAAGAUAGCAAUCCUUAUGCCACUUUACCUCGAGCAAGCAGUGUGAUCUCUACUGCUGAAGGAACUACACGAAGGACAAGCAUCCAUGAUUUUUUGACCAAGGACAGUAGACUGCCUGUAUCAAUUGAUUCACCACCAGCUACUACUGAUAGCAACACCACUGCAGCAUCUAAUAUGGACAAAGUACAAGAAAGCAGACAUUCAAAAAGCAGGUCUAGGGAGCAAGAAAGCUCCUAAUUCUCUUACCCACUACAAUGACAUGUGGGCCAAGUGAGAGAAAAGUGUCCUUCAGUUUCUCAGUAUGAAGCCUUUAUUUCUGAAGUUAACAAGACACCUAGCAACUAUAGGAAUCAUUUUUAAAAAUCUUUAAGGAGACUUUUAACAAUCCUUCGUGAAUAGAGCAGGCAAGAAUACAAACCUUCAUUCCUUCCUUGAAUCAAGGAGCACUACUGGAUUCAACUGCCAAAAUUUUUAGAAGGUUUUAGGACUUACUAUACAUUGUACUGUUAAGAUCUACUGCGUAAAGGACGUUCUCUCGCUAAGGACCAAGUGUUUUAAGGUCGUUUCAAGAAUUACUCCAAGAAUAAUCUUAUUUCAUCAUUUGUUUUAUGAAUUUAUCCAUGUUUGCAUAAUGCUUCUGCUAAGUAUUAGCCAAAAUCUAGCCAUUUAUAUUUAGUUGUGUAAAUCUAAAUUAAAUGUUGUAGUAUUUUGUGGAAUGUCCUAUAUAUCGAGAUACAGAGAAAGUUGUUUUGGCAUGUCAGAACCUUAUUUGGUUAGCAGACUGCAUGUAUGCGUACUUUUUUUAAAAGCCAAUUAUUUUGAUGCCCUUCAAAAGAAAUUCCAUUCAUAAGAUAAAUCUGAAAAAUCCAUAAUGAGAUAGGAGUUAUAAAAAAUUUAUAGUGAUAUUAAUCUUGCCAUAUUUCCCAUUAAGCAACACUAAGCAUUCAUACAUGGAUCCAAGGUAAUUAGGGACUUUUUCUCUGAAACUUUCUAAUAAGGUGGUUUUCCAGCAAAUGGCAUUCCCAAGGUAAAGCUAUUGUGUGUGAACUCAUUUCCCUUCUUUGGUAUUAGGUUAUGUAUGUGUGUUUGUUUUUUUUAAAUUGAGAGCUGACAGUUGCUUACGAAGUUUUCUUAUGGCAAAAAUAAUGUAAAUAAUUUACUGUCAUCUGCAUUUUGCCAAGAACUCACUUAUUAUUAAGGUUAUCAUUUAUUAAUAACAAUUUUUCUGUUUUUGUCCUUUAUAAUAUUACAUUAAAGUUGGUAACUGUUAUUGGUACUUUUGAAA